CCCACAAUUCAUCAGAGUAAACUAAUAUGGCGAAUGGCUAUUUCCAAAUAUCCAGCGCGUGUCUCAUUUUCCUCGUUGUAAGCGUUCAGAGAGUAGUAGGAUCAAAAGUUCUCGCAGCAAGUGUUGAGGGUAUACGUCUGGAAGAUGAAUCCGGUAUCGUUAAAGAUGGUGUGCCAUUUGUGGUCGCAGGAACCAACACGAAAGUUCGACUUUUUGGAUCAGAUUUUUCCAGCAAAACCGAAUUAUCAUUUACCACUAAGCUAGCAAACAGAAGCGAUGAUUGUGAUGAUUUGAGAAGCACUGAUGUGUACCAUGUAGUCGAAAACGAAAUAUAUGACACAUCAGCUAUAUUUGACAUCAACAUUCCCCUGGUAUAUGAUGGUGCAGAAUAUUUUCUUAUUUGCGUCAAGGAAGUCCUUCAAACGAAAACGAAUGAAACUGUCUCCAGGUGGAUACAUCAAGGUGAUAAACCAUGGCUUCGAUUGUCUUCAUUUCCAGCCCCAAAGAAAACAACGUUGCUCCCACUACCCGUUCAGAUCCUUAUGGUUGGUGUGUUAUUAUGCCUCUCCGGACUAUGUAGUGGUCUUAAUCUGGGCCUCAUGGCCAUUGACUGUACAGAACUGAAAAUCAUACAAAAUGUUGGAAGUGAACAGGAGAAAAAAUAUGCUAAGGCCAUAUCCCCUGUGAGACAAAGAGGCAACUUUUUAUUGUGUACAAUCUUACUUGGAAACGUCCUGGUAAACAACACAUUAACAAUAUUGAUGGACGAUUUGACUGGAAGUGGGUUUAUUGCCGUUAUAAUUGCUACAAUGGGUAUUGUGAUAUUUGGUGAGAUUAUUCCACAGGCAGUGUGUUCACGUCAUGGUUUAGCUAUUGGAGCAAAGACUAUUUGGGUAACAUAUAUUUUCAUGAUUUUAACAUUUCCAAUAUCUUUUCCAAUCAGUAAACUGUUAGAUUGCUUGCUUGGGGAGGAAAUAGGGACAGUUUAUAAUCGUACCAGAUUACGAGAACUACUCACAGUUACCCAAGAGUACAAUGAUCUUCAGAAGGACGAACUCAAUAUUAUUACAGGAGCACUUGAGCUUUCUAAGAAGACAGUGAAAGAUGUGAUGACAAGAAUAGAAGACGUGUACAGUCUUCAGAUUUCUGCUGUUCUAGACUUUGAUACCAUGUCAAAUAUAAUGAAGAAGGGCUACACUAGGAUUCCAGUCUUUGAUGAUGACAGACGUAACAUUGUCCAGAUCUUGAAUAUCAAAGAUCUUGCGUUUGUUGACCCUGAUGAUAAUACACCAUUGAGAUCUGUUUGCAAGUUCUACAACCAUCCUGUCAACUUUUGCUUUGAGGAUCAGAAACUGGAUGCCAUGCUGGAGGAGUUCAAAAAGGGAAAGUCUCACAUCGCAUUUGUACAGAGAGUAAACAAUGAAGGAGAGGGUGACCCAUUCUAUGAAACUAUUGGAAUCGUCACUCUGGAGGAUGUCAUCGAGGAAAUUAUCCAAUCAGAGAUCGUGGAUGAAACAGAUACUGUCAUGGAUAACAUCAAAAAGGCCCCGAGGCAGAACAUGUUCCAGAACAAGGAUUUCUCCGUGUUUAACCAACCAGAUUCCUUAGAUGCUGCGAGAGUUAACAUCUCUCCUCAGUUGGCCCUGGCAACAGUGCAGUUCCUAACAACUGUCAUUGAGCCAUUCAAAGUUGAGUUGAUAUCAGAGACGGUGACGACACGUCUCAUCAAACAAAACGUCAUCUUUAACCUAAAGAUAAACAGUCCAGAAGUGGAAGAUAACCAGGAGAAAAAGUUUCUCUAUAAUCGUGGACAAUCGUGCGAUUAUUUCAUUCUGAUCUUACAAGGACGUGUUGAGGUUAUGAUCGGAAACGAUAAUAUGGUCUUUGAAGGGGGUCCUUUCACAUACUAUGGCUGUCAGGCCCUGCAAGGUACCAUUGAUGUUCCUCUUCGACUGAAUGCCCUGCCAGCCAAUCUUAACCAAACCAACAACAUCCAUGGUAGUACAGACAGUCUGUAUCGUCCCAAACAGUCCUACAUCCCCGACUUCACCGUUAAAGCCACCUCAGAUCUACAGUACCUGAAGGUCAAACGGUCCCACUACAUAGCUGCACGUCGUGCUACCCUCAUGGAACGUACACCCAAGACACCCGAGGUUCAAAUCACAGAUGAGGAUCAGUUCGCGAAGGAAUGGCAACGUGCGACAAGUCUUGACCCGGAUAAGCCAACUAUCAAUAAUAUUGAUAAGCUUGCUAUGCCUGCUAAUAGUGUAUCUAUGAAUGAUAUAGAUUUGGUCACCAAGGAGAAGCAUGAGAAUGGUAAGCCAAAUGAUGUGAAACGUGGACGCGGUAACGCAUCAGAGAGUGCAGAGGAUGACAAGGCAGAUGCUCCUUUGCUCUCUAGAAGGACUAGUGAACCCUCACUGAAUAAGAAAGAUUCAGAAUGCUGACGGCAGCUCACAUA